AUGGCCGCGUCAGCUGCUGGUGCUGCACUCUCGUCUGUAUUAAAUAUGAUGAGAAAACAAAGUUUUCGUUCUGAUUUUAUCCCAUUAAUGGAUUAUACUCAAGAAGAUAUACCAGGACGUAAUUUAGAAUGGAUGAAUAAACCAAUUGUUAAAUAUAUAUUUCGUUUAACGGGAUUACUUAGUUUUAUUAGUGUUUGUAUGAAUACACCAAAAACAUUUGAAUAUGUGCGGUCUUUACAAUAUGUAACAUUUGUUAUCGAUAUUGUUUGUGCAAUUAUACUUACCAUUGAAAUGGCAGCAAAAAUGAAAACAAGAGGCAUUCUAUCGGGUGAUGCUCCAUAUUUUCGUGAUCGAUGGAAUCAGUUUGAUGCUGUUAUGGUGCUAUGUGUAUACUGUUCGGUUAUACUACAGAUAUUUGAAUUGACAAAAUUAAUUGGAAGUUAUACAUAUUUUACAAUUAUACGCUCACCAAGACCAUUUAUUCUCGUUAAAGUAUUAAAAACAUUUUUAAAAUUUGAAUUACCAAAAAAAAAUGUAACAAAAGCCGAUUUAAUGAUACCUGAUACCUAUUGUUCACCAACAAAAGAUGGUUUUCAUUGUCCACAAGGAUUUAUUUGUGAAAAAAUUGAUAUUCCACGAAAUCAACGUGGCUAUAAUGGUUUUGAUGAAUUGGCCACAAGUUUUUUUACCGUCUAUGAAGCAGCAUCUCAAGAAGGCUGGGUAUUCUUAAUGUAUCGUGCUAUCGAUAGUCUUCCAUCUUGGCGUGCAUUCUUCUAUUUUAUAACAAUGAUCUUUUUUCUUGCAUGGCUAGUCAAAAACGUAUUUAUUGCUGUUAUUAUUGAAACAUUUGCUGAAAUUCGUGUUCAAUUUCAACAAAUGUGGGGUUCUCGUGGUGCACCAGCCGAUGUCGAAGCAACAAAAGUACUUCAUAAAGCGGAUGAUAGUAGUUUAAAACUUGUAAAUAUAAAUGAAAAUAAAAAAAUGGGUAUAGCACCCGUUUUCUUUCAAAAAAUUGCUCAAUCAUCAAUAUUUACAACAACAGUUAUGAUUGUUAUAUUAGCCAAUACAAUAUUUACAGCAACAAUUAAACAUACACACGAUAAAUCUAUUGAUGAAAAAAAUAAAGAUUUAUAUUAUAAAAUAGAAGCAUUAUUUACAUUAUUUUUUAAUUUGGAAGCAUUAUUUAAAAUGUUUUCACUUGGUUUUAAAAAUUAUAUUCGUCGUUCAACAUUUAAAUUUGAAUUUUUAUUAGCUGUUGGUACAACACUUCAUUUAUUGUUUUAUAGAAGUGUUUUAACAUAUUUUCAGGUUCUUAGAGUUGCACGUUUAUUAAAAUCGAGUCCAUUAUUAGAAGAUUUUAUUAACAAGAUAUUUGGUCCUGGACGAAAACUUGGAAGUCUUAUUUUAUUUACAAUGUGUUUGUUAUUGAUAACAUCAUCGAUUAGUAUGCAAUUAUUUUGUUUUAUGACAAAACUUCGACAAUUUGAAACAUUUCCUGAAGCAUUAAUGUCUAUGUUUCAAGUUUUAACACAGAAAGGUUGGGUUGAUAUUAUGCAUUAUACAAUGGUUGCAAGUAUUUGGUGGAUGGCACCAGCAUGUGCAGGCUAUUUCAUUAUUUAUCAUGUCGUUGUUAGUCUGAUUGUACUUUCAUUAUUCGUUGCUGUCAUAUUGGACAAUCUUGAAUUAGAAGAAGAUGUUAAAAUGAUUCGACAAUUAAAAACACGUGAAGCUAGUACUGAAACACAACAAAAACUUCCAUGGCGUCUAAGAAUAUUUGAACGUUUUCCAGAUCAUCCACAAAUGGUACAAUUUUCACGUUUACCACAUGAAUUUGAAGUACCAAAAAUACGUGAUAGUUUUAUGAAACAAUUUCUUAAUCAAGAUGAUAUUUAUACAUUACCCAUAGAAUUAACAUUAAAUAUUUAUAGUAAAAAACAUGCUGUUAGAACAAUUCAUUUACCCGAACAUCGACCAACUGGUGAAAGUAUGAAACGAACAGCUGUAUCAAAUAUUGUUAGUAAUCAACGUUUGUUAAGUGGUGAUCAAUCACAAGUUCAUCUUGCUAGUAUGAAUGAUAAUAAAAUAUCUGUAUUUGUACAACAAAAUAAAAUUCGUCUCGAUCGAAGAAAUUCAAUGAGACGCUCUGGUUAUCGUCCAAAACCUGUGCUUGUUGUUCGAGAAAAUGGUGAUGUUGCUGGAUUUCAAGGUCGACUACAAGAUGAUUAUGAUAUUAAAGUAUUUCAAUAUAGAAAACAACAAGCUGAAUUGAAACGUAAUCAACAAGAAGAAGAUUUAAGAGAAAAUCAUCCUUAUUUUGAUACACCAUUAUUUACCAUUGCUCGUGAAAGUAAUUUUCGAAAAUUUUGUCAAUUAGUUGUUGAAGCUCGCUAUAAAAUAAGUACAAAAGAUCCAAUUACUGGACAAGAAUCAAAAAGUCGAUAUAAACAAUUACAUAAAUUUCUUGGACUAGUAACAUAUAUCGAUUGGAUUAUGAUUAUUGUUACUAUUAUAUCGACUGUGAGCAUGUCAUUUGAAACACCACCUAAUAGAGUUUUUGAUCAACCAUUAUUACAAGUUGCAGAAUAUACAUUUGUUAUAUGUAUGAGUGUUGAAUUAACAUUAAAAAUAUUUGCUCAUGGUCUAUUUUUUACACCACGCGCAUUAAUUCAUGAUUUUGGUGGUCUCGUUGAUGUUCUUAUAUUUUUGGUUAGUCUAAUAUUUUUAUGUUGGCUACCACGACAUGUUCCACCAAAUAGUCCAGCACAAAUGUUUAUGCUUUUACGUUCAACAAGACCAUUGAGAAUAUUUAUACUUGUACCAGAUAUGAGAAAAGUUGUCUAUGAAGUGUGUCGUGGUGUUAAAGAAAUUUUAUUAGUAUCAAUAUUAUUAGUUGUUCUCAUGUUCAUAUUUGCCAUUUAUGGUGUACAAAUUAUUGGUGGUCGAUUAGCCAGAUGUAAUGAUCGAGAGAGAUAUGAAGAUCAGCCAGGUUGUAAUGGUACAUUUAUGAGACAAUUAUAUGUUUCAAAAAUGAAUUUGGGUGGUACUAUUCCAAUGAUGCGUGUACCAAGAGUAUGGGCUAAUCCUCAUAAUUUUAAUUUUGAUAAUAUUGGUAGUGCAAUGUUGGCAUUAUUCGAAGUAUUAUCAUUAGAAGGUUGGCUGGAAAUUCGUGAUAUUAUUGUGAAUAGAAUGGGAUCGCAACAUGCUAUAUUUGUUCAUGUAUUUGUAUUUAUUGGUACAUUAAUUGGUUUAACACUAUUUGUUGGCGUUGUUAUUGCUAAUUACAGUGAAAACAAAGGCACAGCAUUGUUAACUGUUGAUCAACGUCGUUGGAUGGAUUUAAAAGGACGUAUUAAACUAGUUCAACCAAUGCGUACACCACCACGUCCAGAAAAUAGUACAUUUCGUUCAUAUGUAUUUGGAAUAACACAACAUAAAGCAUUUAAAAAAGCAUCAGCUGUUCUUUGGAAAGUUGAAGAUAAAAUAACUCGAAUAUCAGCAUUAAUAGCAUCAUUAUUUACAUUUCUAUUUCUUGUCGAAGCAUUUAUGAAAUGUGUGGCAUUAGGUGUGGUCGGUUAUUGGCAAUCACGACGAAAUCGUUUUGAUUUAUUGGUAACUAUCCUUGGAUUAGUAUGGAUAUUACUCAAUUUUGUAUCAUUUGGAAAACAAGACAUAGCUACAUUAAAAAUGCUUAUGUUAACAAUUAUUGUCUCAUUUUUCAAAAGUUUUUUCAUUAUAUCAGGCAUGUUUCUAUUAAUGUUAGUAUAUGCAUUCGCUGGUGUUAUCUUAUUUGGUUGUGUUAAAUUUGGUCCCGAACUUGGACGACAUGCUAAUUUUAAAAAUGUUCCUAAUGCCAUUGUACUUUUAAUGAGAAUUGUAACAGGUGAAGAUUGGAAUAAAAUCAUGCAUGAUUGUAUGGUUGUUCCACCACGUUGUACACGCGGUAGUAAUUAUUGGGAAAGUGAUUGUGGUAAUUUUACAGCGUCCAUAUUGUAUUUUUGCUCAUUUUAUAUUAUUAUAACAUAUAUCGUUCUAAAUCUGUUAGUCGCUAUUAUUAUGGAAAAUUUUUCGUUAUUCUAUUCAAAUGAAGAAGAUGCAUUACUUAGUUACAAUGAUAUCAGACAUUUUCAAACAGUUUGGAAUAUGGUGGAUGUUUCAAGAAAAGGUGUUAUACCAGCGAGACGAGUCAAAUUUUUAUUAAGAUUAUUGAAGGGAAGAUUAGAAGUUGAUACGGAAAAAUUAUACAAACAUAUGUGUUAUGAAAUUGAAAAACUAAAUAACGGUGCUGAUGUUACAUUUCAUGAUGUUUUAAAUAUGUUAGCCUAUCAUUCUGUAGAAAUUCGUAAAUCCCUACAAUUUGAAGAAUUGUUAGCUCGUGAAGAAUUGGAAUAUCUUAUUGAAGAAGAAGUAGCCAAAUUAACAAUUAGAAAUUGGUUAAAUAAAUGUUUAAAACGAAUAAAAGCGAAAGAUCAAUCAAAUGUAAUUAAAAAUUUACAACGAAGUAAUGAAUUAGCAUUUUUUCGUGAAGCACAAGCCUCAUCAGAUUCGCAGAAAAAAUUAGAUGACGAGAAACGCACAAAAGAUGAAAAACAUAGAGAAACAACACGACGAAAAUUAGAAAGAUGUACAACAUUACCAACGCCAACGAGUGAAAGUACAAACUAUCGACCACAAACCAAUGUUUCUAAUGAUACAUCAGUGAGAUCAGAUCAAAAAAGUUCAAAACGUCUUCCGACAAAUUAUUCAACGACAAGUGACGAACCCUAUCCAUGGCGUAGUUGGAUAGCGACAAAUACGGUUGCAAAAAAGGAUGUCGAAGUUGAAACAUGGUGGGCAAGUCAAUUUUAG